CUCUCUCCUCGUCUCCUCCCUUACUUAGCUCGCUAUUCUCCAGCACAUCUUUUUCUUAUCUGGUCGUCAUCAUCUCCCACUGCACGAGGAGAGCCAGUUCCUCAGGCACCUGCAGCCCCGCGCCCGGGACGCUGCUCCAUCACCUGUUUGAUCGAGAUGGACCACCGUGCCUUGCUUGCUCGUGUGGAAGACCAGAAGACGACCAAGAAGAAGACGGUGGUGUCGUGGGCCUCGUGGCUGCCUCAGUCCGGACGGAUCUGCGAGUGGGCGACCAUCAACGGCUCCCUCUGCGCCAUGGACUGGCUGACCAGCAACCCGCUUGACCUCAACAGCAUGACGCCGUCGCAGGUCGCCGGUGGGCUCGCCGUCCUGCGCGCCAUGCUGUGGUGCGGCGUGGCCGGGGCGGUGCUGGCGCUACGGCGGCAGCCCGCCGCCAAGAAGGAGCCCGGCCUGGCCCUCUCCUUCGUCGCGCAGGCGUUCACCGCCGCCACCCACUGCGCGAGGAUCUGGCUCGUCUGCCUCCUCGUCGCCACCGCCGAGGGAGACCUCCUCCUACGUUUCAUCGUGGCCGCGGGCGUCCUCAUAUUCGCCGGUUACGACCUCAUCUGCUUCGUGGCCCUCCUCCGCCGUGCAGUUGGAGUGGAGGAGGAGGAGGAAUAGGACCGCUCCGGCCGGGUAAUUAAGCAAUCACUACCACCCUAGAAGAAGCGGCCUCCAUGGACCAUCAUUUUGUGAUUUGCUCGUUUGUGAUGUACUAAUGGUGAUCACGCAUGCAUGAGUACGUGUGGAUCGAGUAGUACGAAUAAAUUUGUGUGUAUGGUAUGGUAUGGAUUUCCUGUACGUUUGAGUGAACAGCUAGCUUGCUUCUUUC